AUUAGGGAUCCAAAUCUUUGGAUGGUCAAGUGCAAGAUUGGGGAAGAAAAAUCCGUUGCAAUAACCCUCAUGAAUAAAUUUAUUUCCUUUGAAGCUAAAGGGACGCCAUUGCAAAUUAAAUCUGUGGUAGCUGUGGAAGGAUUGAAAGGUUACAUUUACGUCGAAGCUUUCAAGCAGAAUCAUGUUAAGCAGGCAAUAGAAGGAAUCGGCUACCUUCGAUUGGGAUACUAUAAACAACAGAUGGUACCUAUUAAGGAAAUGACGGAUGUUUUAAGAGUUGUAAAGAGUAUUCCUGACUUACAAGCGGAUGGUUGGGUUCGACUUAAGCGUGGAGUGUAUAAAGAUGAUAUUGCAAAGGUUAUUAAAGUAGAUAACAACCGAAAUCAGGUCACGUUAAAAAUGAUUCCUCGAAUUGAUUUAACCCGUAAACGUGGAGAGAAGCAAUCUCACGAUGGUGAAAAGCGCAAAAGAAAAGGAAGACCAAAAGCUAAACUAUUUGAUAUGGAUUUGAUAAGGUCAAUCAAUGGAGAAGUUACUAGUGAAGGUGGAUAUUUAGUGUUUGAAGGAAAUCGAUUUAGGGAGGGAUUUAUGUAUAAAACCAUGGCCAUGUCUGCUAUUAAUGCGGAAGGUGUCAUUCCUAGUCUUACUGAGUUAGAAAAUUUUGAACUUGACCCAGAUACAGUUGCUGUCUCUAAAGAUCUUACCUCCAUUCUGGACAAGGAUUCACCAGUUUUUGUUGCUGGUGACGUUAUUAAGGUACAAAAUGGUGACUUAAAAGGGCUACUCGGUGAGGUGAUAGCUAUUAAUGUGGAUAUAGUCACAGUGAUGCCAAAGCAUGAAGAUUUAAAGGAACCUUUAGAAUUUCGCCUUGAUCAAGUAAGCAAAACUUUCAAAAUUGGAGAGCACGUCAAAGUUGUUAGAGGUAAAUUUGAAGGAGAUACUGGUCUUGUGGUUCGGGUUAAUGAAGAAGAUGACGGUUUAGUUUUGUUUACCGACUUGACAAUGCACGAGGUAAAGGUGCUCACGCGUGAUGUACAAUUAUGUACGGAAAUUAGCAGCGGUAUUGAUUCCUCUGGUCAUUUUCAGCUUGGCGAUUUAGUUCAAAUUGAUUCACAAACAGUGGGUUGCGUUGUACGCGUUCUACGAGAAGAAAUGGCUGUAUUAAAUAUGCAUGGCAAAGUUGUCAAAGUUAAGCCGCAAAGUAUUUCUAAAAAGCGAGACUCUCGUAAUGCAGUUGCAUUGGAUGGAGACGGGAAUGCACUUCAUAUUAAAGAUAUCGUCAAAGUCAUUGAUGGACCUCAUAACGGACAGCAAGCUGAAGUCAAGCACCUGUUUCGAAGUUUUGUAUUUUUAUACUCUAAAAUGUUUCCAGAUAAUGGUGGCAUUUUUGUUUGCAGAAGUCGCCACUUAAUACUUGCUGGCAGUGCAAAGCGACAAGAUAACGGUGACAGUAGAACACCAUUUGUCCCGCAAUCACCUCGAAUCACUAGCCCAGCUCAUCCUCAAGUGCAAGUGAGACAUGGACCAGGUGCAGGUAGAGGUCGGGGAAAGAAAGGACGCGAUCCUAUAAUUGGCCAGAGUAUUCGCAUAUUCCAAGGACCUUUCAAGAAUUAUAUCGGAAUUGCCAAAGACGCCACAGAUACAACCGUCCGUGUAGAAUUGCAUAGUACAUGCAAAACAAUCACUGUUGAUCGCAGCAGAGUGGUAGUCGUAAAAGACGGGAAAGAGGAAAGUGCUGGUGGUGUAACUGGAAUAACUCCUAGUUAUGGAAGUCAAACUCCUAUGUAUGGAUCAAGAACCCCUAUGUAUGGUGCUCAAACGCCUCUUUAUGAUGGCAAUCGGACUCCUCGCUAUGGUUCUCAAACACCUAUGCAUGAUGGUUCAAGAACACCAAGUUAUUCCAGUGCGUGGGAUCCGAAAGUACCAAAUACUCCAUCAAGCAGAACAGAGGACGAUUUUGAUUAUAACACAGACAGCGUAAAUCCAUCGCCUCAAGGAUAUCAUAGUAAUCCAGUAACGCCAGGUUGGAUAAAAUAA